AUGAAGAAACUCUCUUUCUCCUUCACUUCUUCUAAAUCUUCAUUUGAGUCUAACAAUUUCGUCAAACUCUCCCAAACCUUCGACGAAGACUUUUCCACCAAACAAGAUCUUAAAAAACAGUUAAUCACCGAAUUCGACUCUUCCAAACUCCAAACCCUAGACCCUAACCCCAAAACCCUAAUUCCCCCAAUCAAAAAUCAAUGGUGUGCGCACCAAAAAAUGAAGAAUCUCGACCUUCUCAUCAUCGAUUCACACUAUUUUCAUUCCUUCACUUUCGAAUCGAACAUCUCUUCAAUCUCCGAUCAGCCUGAUUCCGACAAGUAA